AUGCCGCCUCCUCUGGGUACUCUUGUCCAUUCCCUCGGCCAUAACUGGCUGGGCAAGGCAGACAUCGCCGUUCAGACGAUACUUCUGGCGGCUGCUUUGGUAGCUGUCGGGUUACGACUAUGGUCUCGCCGCCUACAGCGAGUAUCGCUGCGGGGAAACGAUUGGCUGCUUUUAGCCGGAGUGGUCGUCAUGGUCGGUCGCUAUACUGUAGAACUUUCUUUGAUCUUACUGUGUGGAUUGGGACUCCAUGCUUCGGAGGUGAACAGUAUUGGGGGCCCCGAAGCCUUCGUGCGAUUCGAUGAGCUUACAUAUGCCGGCGACCUACUUUGGAUCACGGUUGUUGCCUUGGUCCAAUUAUCGAUUCUGGAUUACUACCUCUGUAGAUUCCAGCAUCGCAUUAUCAUGUGGUUAAUUUAUGGACUGCUUGGCCUCUGCUCGGCACUAUGGAUAGCCAGUGUUUUCGCUACGGCAUUUUUCUGUUCGCCACCCAAAAAGAUAUGGCUGCCUGACACAGACGGUCAUUGUGGUAAUCGGAAACUGCUUCACACCAGUUGUUCUGUGACCACCGUCAUCCUUAACGGACUGAUCCUCUUACUUCCCUUGCCGAUGAUACGACACAUGCAGAUGUCGCGAGCCAGAAAAAUCGCUGUCUGCGGUAUUUAUGUUUUAGGUCUUGUAAUCCUUGGCGUUUCUAUAUCUCGAAUAAUUGUCGAGUUCAAACUCAACCCUGAAGAUCCAACCUACGGAUCUACCCGCAAAUCUUUACUUUCGAGUAUCAUCCCCUUGCUAGGUAUUAUUGUUGCUUGCCUGCCGAUCAUACCUCCCGCUAUCGAGAAAUUAUCUGGAAGUACGCUAUUCUCUUCCACCGCAGACGGCCACACUCCUGUUUCCCCGGGGUACUGGAAGACAACUGUCUUGUCAGGCGCACAGAUGGAGGAGCCUGAAAUACCGCUGGUGACAGUGGCCAUGCCUCCCAUGGCUAAAAAACUAAGUGAGCUGGCUCACGGACAGAUUAAAAUUACUUCUGACUGGGAGAUUCACUCUACACGAAAUUCCGCUCGGCUUGAUCGGGAUUCGGUACGUCGGGGCUGA